AUGAUCAGAUUUGCUAGACGAGUUAUGACGGGCAAACGCAAAUUCGAGUCGGGAAGUUCGAAAAGGAAAAAGAAAGAAAAGCAAGAAAUAUUAACAAAAUCUCUUGCCGGUUCAAUGGAUAGGUACGUAAAACCUACAACUCCUCUAGUAGAGGUUGAAGUGCUUGGUCCUACUGAAACUGUGCCGGAAUUAAUUGAUACACCUGUAGUUGAAAUUGAUCGAGAUUUAACAUAUCGAAAUCGAAUUGAUUCAGAUGAUAAUGAUGGGGGGGAUGGGAAAUUUGAAGAAGAAAAAGAUGAGUUAGAGAAUGCGAAUGAUAAAGAGGAAAUGAAUGAUAACCAUGAUAUGAAUUGUCAAAAUUUGGAAGAUUUGUUCAAUCCAGGAAAUUGGGAGGAUAAUUUGCCUCAAAGAAAGAUUGAUUUUUUGGUCGAGAAAGGGCCAGUUAGAGUUACUAAUUUCGUGUAUCCAAUUAAUGACAAAGGAGAUGCCCUCUUUAAUGAGCUUAAAUCUAUUUUGAGUAUAUGGAAAUUAGAUUUAAGUGACUUGAGAGGGCAAGGCUAUGAUAAUGGUUCAAACAUGAAUGGGCAAUACAAAGGAGUAAGUAGUAGAGUGCUAAAUGAGUAUCCUCGAGCAUUUUACACUCCAUGUGGCUGUCAUUCUCUUAAUCUGACUCUUUGUGAUAUGGCGAUGAGCUCAGUUCAGGCAAAGUCAUUUUUUGGAGUGAUACAACGAAUUUAUAAGUUGUUCUCUACUUCAACAAAGAGGUGGGAUGUUUUAAAAUCCUUUGUAAAGGGUCGUAAAGAAAGAGGGCUUACUUUGAAGUCAUGGUCGGAUACACGCUGGGAGAGUCUUGUUGAUAGCGUCAAGGCUAUAAGAUUCCAAGCACCUCAAAUUAGAGAUGCAUUAUUGCAUCUAGUGGAACACAAUGGUGAUGCAACAACGGCUAGUGAUGCUAGAUCUUUGGCGGAGUAUGAACUUCAAAGUUUUGAUUUUCUUGUGGGAGUAGUAAUCUGGUUUGAAAUCUUGCAAAAAGUGAAUUCAGUUAGCAAAGCUUUCCAAAAAAAUGAUAUGGUCAUUGGUGAGAGUAUAAGUCUCUUACAAGGCUUGAUUGUUUUUUUGGAGGAAUACAGAAAUUGCGGUUUUGAAAGUGCAAAACUUGAAGCUCAAAAGAUUGCAUUGGAGAUGGAUGUGGAACCCGCCUUUCGUGAAAUUCGAAUUCGUCGCAAAAGUAAAUUUUUUGAUGAAAAUGCUCGCGAUGAACCAAUUCAAGGGGCCGAAGAAUAUUUGCGAGUAAAUUAUUUUCUUCAAAUUGUCGAUAAUGCUCUUUCUUCUCUCCAACUAAGGUUUGUGCAGUUUCAAAAGUAUGAAGAGAUUUUUGGAUUUCUAUUCAACUUGACCAAGUUGAAAAUCAUGGAUGAUGAAAGUUUGAUGCAUUCAUGUGUUGAACUUGAGGACUUUUUGAAACAUGAAGAUAAUUCUGAUAUUGAUGCACUCGAACUAUUCUCGGAGUUGCAAUUACUGAGAAAAGCAUUACCGGAAGGAUUAAAUAAACCAGUUGAAGUCUUGGAGUAUAUCAAAAAUUUGUAUUAUGGUUUUCCUAAUGCCUGGGUAGCUUACAGAAUAUUGUUGACCAUCCCGACUCACGGUCGUCUGUACGUCACGGGAUGCUGCUCCGGGAAGCGAACAGUGAUGGACGCGCACAAGGCGGUCGACGGGCCUGCUCGCGAUAAGUUGGCGGGGGCUGGUACUCGCUGGUAUGCUCGGAUGUUGAUCGACGAUGGCGUGCGAUCGGUAUCCCACGAACAGCGGGUCGCGAGAGAGGUCUUGCUGGUGGUCUCGCGGCAGUGA